AUGAAGCUGUCUUUGAUCGUUGCGGCAGUGGCUGGCGUCGCAAACGCCGCCACUCUGCCUCCUGCCGCUGUUGAGCUGGCUGUCCGGGCGCUUCCCAAUGCUCCCGAAGGCUACACGCCCGAUAACGUGACCUGCCCGUCGACUCGGCCCAGCAUCCGUGAUGCCAAUGGUCUGUCCACCAACGAGACCGAAUGGCUCAAGGUGCGCCGCAACGCCACCCUGCAGCCCAUGAAGGAGUUCCUGGGCCGCAUGAACCUCAGCGGCUUUGACGUCACCUCCUAUCUCACCACCCAUUCGAGCAACAUCUCCAACAUCCCGAAUAUUGCCGUGGCCGCUUCGGGUGGUGGCUACCGUGCGCUCACCAACGGCGCCGGUGGCCUCAAGGCCUUUGAUAGCCGCACGGAGAACUCCACCAACUCGGGCCAGCUCGGUGGUUUGCUGCAGUCGUCCACCUAUGUCGCUGGGUUGAGUGGUGGUAGCUGGCUGGUUGGCUCCAUGUUUGUCAACAACUUCUCCAGCAUCAGCAACCUGCAAGCCAGCGAUCGUGUCUGGGGAUUUUCUAAGUCUCUGUUGGAGGGCCCUAACUACGACACCAUUCAGGUUCUGAGCACCUAUGAGUACUGGAAGACCAUUACCAACCAGGUGGAUGGGAAGGCGGGAGCCGGUUUCAACACCUCCUUCUCCGAUUACUGGGGCCGUGCUCUUUCCUUCCAGCUGGUCAACACCUCCACCGAUGACGGCGGUGCCUCCUACACCUGGUCGUCCAUCUCCCUGAUGGACGACUUCAAGAAUGGCCAGUACCCCAUGCCCAUUGUCGUGAUGGACGGUCGCAACCCCGGCGAGGUCAUUAUCGAGACCAAUGCCACUGUCUACGAGGUGACUCCGUGGGAGUUUGGCUCCUGGGAUCCGACGGUCUAUGCCUUCGCCCCCUUGGAAUACCUGGGCUCCACCUUCAGGAACGGCAGCGUGUCGGAGAACGGGACUUGCGUGCGUGGCUUUGACAAUGCCGGCUUCAUCAUGGGCUCCUCUUCGACCCUCUUCAACGAGUUCUUGCUGGACAUCAACAGCACCGACGUCCCCACGAUCUUCAAGACUGCCUUGACCGACAUUCUCGAGGAUCUGGGUGAGCGGGGUGAUGAUAUUGCCGUCUACUCUCCCAAUCCGUUCCUCGGCUACCGGGAUUCCAGUGAAGAUUACGCUACCGCUUCCGUUCUCGACGUCGUCGACGGCGGUGAGGACCUGGAGAACAUCCCUCUGCACCCCCUCAUUCAACCCAUCCGUGCAGUCGACGUGAUCUUCGCGAUCGAUUCGUCCGCCGAUACCGACUCCUACUGGCCCAAUGGUACCUCGCUGGUGGCUACUUAUGAGCGUAGCUUGAACAGCUCGGGCAUUGGCAACGGCACCAUCUUCCCCCCUGUCCCUGACGUGAACACCUUUGUCAACUUGGGCCUGAACAAGCGCCCGACGUUCUUCGGCUGUGACCCGAAGAACCUGUCCGGUCCCGCCCCGCUCGUUGUCUACCUGGCCAACUCGCCUUACACCUACGACUCGAAUUUCUCCACCUUCAAGCUCACCUACUCUGAUGAUGAGCGGGACAAUGUCAUCACCAACGGCUACAACGUGGUGACGCGCGGCAACGGCACCCUGGACUCGAACUGGACUUCGUGCGUCGCCUGCGCCAUCCUCCAGCGCUCGACCUACCGCACCAACACCACCCUGCCGGACAUUUGUACCACGUGCUUCAACGACUACUGCUGGAACGGCACGACCAACAGCACCACGCCGACCGAGUAUGAGCCCAGCAUGUAUCUUACGACCAGCGGCUCCAGCAAGAGUGCGUUGCACCGGACGGCCGCGGGGUUGGCUUUUGCUGUGACGAUGUUCUUGGCUUAUUAG